AUGCGUAUCCACCAACUCAAAGUCCGUCCUAAGAAAUCCCUCCUCAGCGCUCCCUGCUCCGCCGAGCUCGCUGCCCUGCUCGCCUGCUGGGCAUCAACAGAUAGACUAGGGACACAUGGAGCUUGUGCGAAUGCAAUGAGGGGACUCGAGGAAUGUAUGCGGAGAGCGGCAACGGCACCUCGCGCAAAAGCAAGACCGGCAAUCAAUUACCAUUUGGCAAAAUGGGGAAAGCAGCUCUGA